AUGACUUCAAACGUCCUUCCGCUCUUCUGGCACUUGGCCUCGUCCUCAAAAGACACACGGCUGAGCGCAAGUGCCGACCUGGUGUCCUCGGUAGACGCCUUCCAACAAGCCUUUGUCGCCGCAAAGGCCGAGGCAGGCGACAGCCAAGGCGACGACGACGAUGACGACGAGGACGGAUCCGACGACGAUGACGAGGAAGACGACGACGACGAGUCGGGGAUGGAGGUCGACGAGGACGACGACGGCGACGACGAGGACGCAGCAAGCGGCGCCCUGGCCGAGGAAGGUGCCCGCCUCGACGCGCUCCUCGCCCGCGACAACGCCCAGGACGUCGUGUACUGCGUCAAGCGCCUGGUCCGCGGUCUGAGCUCUUCACGAGAAAGCAGUCGUCUGGGUUUUGCUGUGGCUCUUACCGAGCUCUUGGCCCGCACACCAGCCGUCACGGCCGCGCAGGUCAUCUCUCUCGUGUUGCGGAAUUCCCAGUUCAGCAAGGGAGGAAAGGGUGCCGAUGAGCGUGACAAGAUGUUUGCGCGCCUCUUCGGCAUCAUCGCCGUCUCCGACUCUGGCGCGCUCUUCGCGCCCUCCAGCCGCCUCGAGGACUGGGAGGUCGCCGUCGACUCGCUCCUCGCCCUCGCUGAGACCAAGGCGUGGCUCGCUGAGGCCGCCGGCUGGGCGCUCGUCCGCGCCACUGAGGACCUGCUCAAGUCGGACGCCGAGUGGAAGGAGGACGGGCUCGAGUACCUCGUCUCGUCGGUGUACGAGAGCAACAAGUCGUGGACCCCAGAGAAGGUCGCCCUCUCCCUCGUCCUCCAGGCCGCGCGCCCCGCCCUCGACUGGAAGGCGCUCACGGCGCCGACGUUCAAGCACCAGCCGCUCCUCAACAACCACAACCUCGCCGUGCUCGGCCGUAUCCUCAAGGAGGGCGGCGCCGGCGACGACGACGACGAGCCCAACCGCACGGGAACGUACAAGCCCCAGCUCCACUUUGUCUGGGACAAGAUCCUCGAGGCCUACUUCAACGACCAGGCCGAGGGCGGCUCGUUCCAGGACUUUUACCGCACUGUUGUCGACGAGUCGCUGUUCAGCAACACGUCGUCCGCCGAGCGCAAGUACCACGGCUUCCAGGUGUUUGAGCGCGCGCUCCCCCAGCUCCCGGCCGCCCAGGUGCCGCUCGUGUUCACGCCCAACUUUAUGCGCACGUGGAUGAACCACCUCGUGUCGGCCGACCGCAACCUGCACAAGGCGGCGCUGCAAGCCGCCCGCGUCGUGAACGACGUCGUCAAGGCCAACCCGGCUGCUGGCUUCACGCUGCUCUCGCAGCUCGUCGGCAAGCACGGCCGCCCCGACUUUGACCGCGUCACCAAGACCAAGACGGUCGAGGGCAUCAUGGCCAGCCUGACGGCUGACGGCGUUCUCGACUACGUCAAGUACCUCGAGGGUCUUGUUCUCGGCAAGGACGAGGGCAACAGCAGCAGCAGCGACCUCAGCUCGGCUGACGAGCGCCGCGCCUGGGCACUUGACCAGCUCGCCGCCCUCGUCCGCAACAACACCAUCCCCAAGGCCGACGAGUGGCUGGCUCGCGUCCUCGACCUGCUUCUCGUCCACGGCUUUUUCAUCCUCCGCAAGGCUGACAAGAAGAGCCCUAUCGAGGCGCUUCACACCGUCCCCAAGCCCCCCUUCUCCGAGGUCACCGCCGCCACUGCCCGUGCCCGUUUCACCUCGGCGAUCGUCGAGGCCACGAACGCCACCCCUGCCAAGGCUGAGGGCGACGCUCCCGCUCGCCAGCGCGGUGCCGACAGCAACGGUCGUCUCUGGCUCGCCCGCGCCCUCGACACCCUCGCUGCCGUCGAGGCCAACAAGAAGCACGCCGAGCUUGUCGCCGACGCUGACGACGAGAUCAAGAAGAUUCGUGCCGAUGCCCUCGCUGUUGUCGCGACCGUCCGCAAGGACGCCAAGGCUGACAAGGGCGAUGUUGCCCGUGGUGUUGAGAUCCUCCUCUCGUUCCUCAUUCUCCAGACUUACGACGAGGUCGAGGACGCCCUUGACCUGCUCGAUGAGGCCGUUUCGGCCGCCCAGGGCCUCUUUGGAGGCAAGAAGGACGAGGAGCUCGUCCCCACUGACGCUCUGCUCGACGUCCUCGUCGCCCUGCUGGACAAGAGCUCGGCCGACCUCAGGACGCUGGCCAACCACGUCUUCGGCAUGGUCUCGCCUGCGCUUACCGCCUCGAGCCUGGAGCACCUCGUCGUCCAGCUGGAGCAGUCUGCCGCGGUCGCCGAGGAGGACGACGAUGAGGACGAGGAUGACGAUGAGGAGGACGACGAUGACGAGGAGGAUGAGGACGACGACGAGGAUGAAGAGGAAGACGACGAGGACGACGAGGACGAGGAUGCCAACGCCACCGUUGACCCCGAGUUCAGGAGACGAGUGGCCGAGGCGCUCCAGGUCUCGGGCGUCGGCCUGGACGGUGACGACGGCGAGGAGGACGGAGAUUCCGACGACGAGUCGGUCUGGGACGACGACCAGAUGAUGAAGGUCGACGAGCAGCUCGCCGCCGUCUUCAAGCAGCGCGCUUCUACAACCAAGCGCUCCGACUUGAAAAACGCUGCUAUCGAAUCGUUGCAUUUCAAGAACCGCAUUCUCGACUUCUUUGACAUCUACGCCAGGAGGCAAGCUACCAACCCUCUGGUGCUCGACAUCAUCCUCCCAUUGUUACGACUUGUGCGCUCUGGAUCGGGCGAGCUGGCCAACAAGGCGGCGGGUGUGCUCCGCACGCGUAUCGCCAAGGCAGCGCACGCUCCCUCCAACGUUGACGACGAGAAGGCCAAGGAGCUCCUGGCCGAGAUCCACCGCCAGGCGCAGCGUGCCGCCAACGCCGAGUUCUCGGCCCUCUGCUCGUCGGCGUCGCUGUUUGUCGCGCGCGCUGCCCCUGGCCCCGCGCUCGACGCCUACCGCGCCACCCUGACAGACUUCAUGACCCGCAAGGGCUCCGAGGUCCGCCCGUCCUUUGUGGCCGAGUACAUCCGCCGCCACCCCGCCAAGGCGUGGAGCCUCGCGCCCGACCUCGUCAAGCUCGUCGCGCCCGGCGGAUCCGGCGUCAACGCGUACCGCCAGACGCAGGGCUACACCUUCCUCGGUGCGCUGUUCCAGCAGGUCCCUCAGCUCGUCAAGGCUGGCGACGUGGCCCAGGCCGACGCCGAGAAGGUCAUCCGCCAGGCCGCGUCCGACGUCUACGCCACGCUCGAGGCCGCCGCGGCCUCGACCGACGCCAAGGAGUGGAAGGCGGACCGCCUCAAGGAGGUGGCCAAGUUUGCGCUCCAGCUCGCCCGCGCCGCCAAGACGCUCGCGGGCGACAAGGCCGCCGAGCUACUCGACGUCAAGCGCCUCGCGACCGUCACGGACGCGAUCAAGGCCGGCCAGCGCACAAAGGAGAUGAAGUCGAUCCACCAGCUCCUCCAGCAGCUCGCAUCCGUCCUUGGCGCCGGCAAGCCCAAGGAGAAGAAGGCGGGCAAGGCGGCCGCGUCCAAGGUGGCCGCCAACGGAGACGAUGAGGCCGAGGCUGAGCCCGAGGCCGAGGCACCCAAGCCUACAAAGCGCAAGGCGCCAUCAGGCGACAAGGCCAAGUCCAAGGGGAAGAAGGUGAAGUCGGCGCCAUAG